AUGCCCUUCCGGCCACUCCUGAUCCCGGAAAAACGCGCGCUGCUACCUCCAAGCUCAGGGUCCAGCCGCAAACCGGUGGCCAAAGUGCUGAACCCGAGCGCGGUCCCUGCUGAGACACGCAUAAGACCGUCAGCUCAAGACGCCGCAAAUGCCUCAGGGAUCGAAGAGGAAGAGGAAUACGAAAAGAAAUACAAGUGCACAGAAUAUGCCUUUGCGGUUCCUCCGCAGCCCUUCCUCGAUCCGCCUGUGUGGGAGGCGAUGUUGAAACGAAAGGAACAGGCCGUGUCGAGGCAGAAUGAGGGCACCAGUCAGGGAGGCGUACAGAGCGGAAGUGAGACAACCGAGCAGAGGAGGCGUAGGCUUGAGCAAGAGGCCGAAUACGGGUCUAUGGCCAUCAGGGGCAGAUCGAGUGUUCCCCGUGGGAGAGCACGGGGGAGGGGAGGGAGGAGGAAAUAUUGA